AUGUCUUCAUUGGUACCUACUGCCCAACUAAAAUAUUUGAAAUAUUCAGCACAUUACCUUGCUGCUCAAAGCCCAUCCACCUCCUCUCACCUCUUGUCAGUUCACAACCAGCUCCUUCGCGAUGAAUCGAAGCGGUUGUCCGCUGCUCAACACCGUGAAUUAUGUGGUGCCUGUGGGAGCAUCAGAAGUUCUGACUCCUCAAAGGCCAUAGUUGUCAAACAUAAUGGUGUGCUGAAACGUCGCAAGAAGCGAGUCUCUCCGGCAGAGACCUCUCCACUCGUUCUAUACAGAUGUCUACGGUGCCAGCGCCAGAAAUUCUUAACUUCACAGAGUAAUACCAAACCUUCAACAUCCAGGAAGCCUCAUCUAACAGCCAUUGCAUCGACGACGCAAACAUCCUCUCAAACAGCGAAAGUUGAUCCCCAGACACGGGGGACUGAAUCCACUGCCACUGCUACAUUGCAGAAAUCUACGGAGAAUCUCAGCAGCAAGAAGAGAGCUAAAGCCCGCAAGCAGCAAGGGCUCAUGGCUGCUCUAGCAGCAGGCAAGCAGCGCGCGCACUCUCAGACCUCGCCGUCAGGAUCACUAGACCUAUUGGACUUUUUGAAGCAUUGA